GAAGCUGCUGUUUUUAAGCGGUACUUUACAAUAUCAACAGAAGUGCCUGACUGUAAUACUUUGACUUUAUGAAGAAUUCCUGUCGAUAAAUAUUUAUUUGUGAAGAAACUGAAAAAUGAAUUUAUUUUUACAUUACCCAAAUUUUGAAAAAUUUACGAUCUUUGGUGGAGCGGAGUCUCUUCAACGAGUUAACUUACCUUUUUUACCUUUAACACCCAAAAAUGUGCAAAAGACUGAUAGCAGCCGCCCUUUUGUAGCAUUUUGUGAUGGAUCUGCUUUGAAUAACGGCCUAAAAAACUGUAGAGCAGGCUAUGCUUGUGUUUUUCCUGAUAAUGAACGCUGGAAUAUAGCGAAGGCGAUCCCUCAAACCUCCGUAAGAACUAUAAAUAGGGCAGAAACGAUGGCUGCUAUUGAGGCUGUGAAGAGGGUGAAUUUGGAAGAUCCAACCAUGAAACGUGGUGAACUUUUCCUCGCAACAGAAGAGUUUGGAGCCUUAUUUUUUGCGUUAGCUUUGUUGAUCUACACAGACAGCAAUCUGCUCGUCAAGACUUUUCAAGAGUGGAUUUAUGGAUGGAUGAAAAAUGACUGGCUCACAACUAAUAAGCAGCCCGUUAAAAAUAAAGAUUUGAUCGAUCAGUUUUUACAAUUAAAGGGGGAGCGCAAAGUGUUAUGGGCGCAUGUAUAUUCGCACACGGAUGCCACCGACUGGAAAUCUUUUUGGAACAAUAAAGCUGACCGUUUAGCAAAAGCGGCUGCCCAUAAAUUAAAUAAACUUAAAUUUUAG